CGAAUUCGAUUGACCAUCGGUGUUUCCGAUGUUUUGAAAACCCUACCACCUCUACGGUCCGGUCCCUGCUGCAGCAAUAUGCGAAAAUUAAAAUCUGUCGUCUAGAUGCUAACUUUAAAAUGCGCUAGGCAGCAGGCAAGAAUCCCAAACGACCAGGCGGUGUGAUUAAUUUUUUUUUCGGCCCGUGGUGGAGUUGCGAAAGGAGUAGGAGCAGCGGAGUUUGGUGUAGUAGUGGCCGUGUGGAGUGGAAAGUAAAAGUGGCGGUGCCUCUGUCUCUAUACGUGUGUCCGUGUGUGUUUCCGUGUUUCCCCCCGCCCCACCCCCACUGUAUUGGUGUGUGUGCGCGCGAAAAGAAGUUGCAGUUUCUGUAACAGAGUUACGCAAAAAAAAAAAAAAAAAAAAAAGGCAACUGCAACAAGAGCGGGUAGCGGAUAGCGGGUAACGGGCAAGGAGCCUGCAACAUAAGAUAUUAUUUAAGUGUUAUUGCAAAAAGCAAUGAGCAGCAUCGUUGGCGAAAAUCUGCCCGCCCCACCGCCGCUGCCGCCGACGACUACAGUCACCGCCAAUACAGUAGCGGCUAGCAUGGGAUCAGUGGGCAGUGGCAGCGGCACAGUCGGCGGAGGAGGAGGAGGAGGAGGUAUUACCACCACUGCCGCCAAUGGACCCCGUGUCGUUACCAUCUACAAAACGGAAACUGGAUUCGGCUUCAAUGUACGCGGUCAGGUGUCCGAGGGCGGCCAGUUGCGGUCCAUCAACGGUGAGCUAUACGCUCCGCUGCAGCACGUGAGCGCCGUCCUGGAGAACGGAGCGGCGGAGAAGGCCGGCAUCAAGAAGGGCGAUCGCAUCCUGGAAGUGAAUGGAGUCAGCGUGGAAGGAGCUACACACAAACAGGUCGUGGAUCUAAUCAAGUCUGGAGGAGAUUGCCUUACGCUGACGGUGAUAUCGGUGACACAGCAGGAGGCCGAUCGACUGGAACCACAAGAGGAUCAGAGUGGCUACUCCUACAUAGACUACUCCGACAAGCGAUCCCUGCCGAUUAGCAUACCGGACUAUGGUAUUGUGAAUCGGAAUGGCGAACGCUACAUUGUCUUCAACAUCCACAUGGCUGGGAGGCAGCUGUGUUCGCGUCGCUACCGGGAGUUCGCCAACCUGCACUCGCUCCUUCGCAAGGAAUUCUCCGGAUUUAGCUUCCCCAAGCUGCCUGGGAAAUGGCCCUUCCAGCUGAGUGAACAGCAACUGGACACUAGACGUCGGGGUCUGGAACAAUACCUGGAGAAGGUAUGCGCCGUACGGGUGAUUGCCGAAAGUGAUGCUGUUCAGGAUUUCUUAACCGAUACAGAGGAUGAUAUAUCGGCAUCGCCGGUGGAUAUUAAAGUGAUGCUGCCGGACCAUGAGGUGAGCACCGUUUCGGUGAAGAAAUCAUCCAACGCCCAGGUGGUGUGGGAGAUUCUGGUGCAGCGCGCCAAUCUCACCGCCUAUACGCAGCAAUAUUUCUACCUGUUCGAAAUCGUUGAAUAUAAUUUUGAGCGUAAACUGCAACCGCACGAGAUACCCCAUCAGUUAUAUGUCCAGAACUAUAGCACCGCCUCCUCAACCUGCCUAUGUGUCCGUCGAUGGCUAUUCUCCGUUUCCAAGGAGCUAACGCUACCGGAGGGCGAACAAGCCGGUCGCUUUAUAUUCUAUCAGGCUGUCGAUGAAGUGAAUCGCGGUAAUAUUCGUGCCGAUGGUCGACUCUAUGAGCUAAAGGCACUACAGGACGCCAAAAAGGCCGCCGAUUAUUUGGCAUUGGCCCGUACACUGCCCGGCUAUGGGGACGUUGUCUUUCCCCACUGUUCCUGUGAUAGCCGCAAGGAGGGACAUGUUGUCCCAGCCGUGGGCAUGAAGAGCUUUCGGCUGCACGCCUGUCGCGAGGAUGGCUCCCUGGAGGCGCAAAUGGUCGAACUGACAUGGGACAGCAUCAAGCACUAUGAGAGCGACGAGGAGUCCAUGUCCUUUUGCUUUCAAUACAAUCGUCCAGAUAAGCCAGCACGUUGGGUUAAGGUCUACACGCCAUAUCAUGCAUUCCUUGCGGACUGCUUUGAUCGCAUUAUGGAGGAGCGCAAGUGGGACGAUAGCGGUGACUAGGACAGGCCAUUUACGAAGGAGCCAGGACGAGAGCGGGAACAGAGGCAGCAGAAGUUGGUCCAGCGGCAGCAGCAGCAGCAGCAUCAGCAUCAGCAGAUUAAAAAGCAACCCACAACCACUACAAACCCGAACAUCACCAGAAGAGCUGAGGCAUUGCACAUUGUUCGUUAGCCUGCACAUCCACUGGAUGGGGAUGGACAUCCACCCACACCCAGGCUCCUGGCUCCUGGCUCCUGGCCAGACCAGAAAACCGCUCCAAGCUACCCACUUUUCCCGCAAAAGUCCAGAGGGGGCCCUACCUGCUCCUGCUAUAGUAUCCUUCUCACAUAUAUAUUUUUUUUGUUUUUUUUUUUCGUGUGUGUGUAUUUUGUCAAAAAUUAUCCAUAAUAUAGCAUAUAUUAUAUAUAUAUUGUAAAGUAUACGUAGCCUUGAUAUAUAUACAUUUAUAUAUAUAUUUAUAAUUUGUACAAUGGACUUACUUGAAGCAAUUGCAAUCGCCUCGAAGCAAAUAGUUGAUGGGGGAAUGUUAACAAAGCAGCAACAAAAAUGUUUCAAAUGUUUUUCGGCACCUUUAGCACAUAGAGCAUAAAAAACAAAAAAAAAAAAACAAAAAACAAAAAAUAAAAAAAUAAAGAAUAAAAAACAAGCACCAAUUUAGAUCAAGAUCAAGCAGAACCGACGAUUCUCAUAUGAAAUAUAUAUACAUAUAUAUAUUAUAUACAAAAA